AUGAAGACUUGCCCCAUACUGGAUUCCAAGGCAGGUCAUUGGGGAGAUCCCACGCUCACUGGCUCAGCCUUUGACUUCAGGAGCGAUGCUAUUACUACACCAUCCCACGGGAUGCUGGAAGCAAUCUCCGGGGCCACGCUCAAUGAUGAUGUCUACGGCGAGGACCAGCUAACACGGUCCUUCGAGGAGCACAUGGCGAGCAUCUGUGGCAAAGAAGCAGCUCUGUUUGUUGUAUCCGGGACCAUGGCCAACCAGAUUGCCUUGGGAGCACUGUCACGACGAUGCACGGGUGUACUAGCAGAUGCUACCUCUCAUAUCGUACAUUUUGAGGCCGGUGGCCUUGCUGGUCUCUCCGGGGCAUCCAUCCAGCCCGUGCGGCCGGCAAACGGGCACUAUCUCACCCUUGGUGAUGUGGAACGACACGCAGUGACCACCAACAUGAUAGAACGGUUGCCCACCAGCAUCAUCAGCCUCGAAAACACGGCUCACGGCAGCGUAAUCCCGCUACAAGAGCUCCGCAAGAUGAAGGCUUGGGCCGACGAGCAGGAGAUCGCCAUUCACAUCGACGGUGCGCGGGUAUGGCACGCCGUGGCAGCCGGGGGCGGUACUCUAAAGGAGAUCUCGGCCUGCUGCGACGCCAUGACCCUCUCCUUCGGCAAAGGGCUCGCAGCGCCGAUAGGAUCGGUCAUCGUGGGCCCGAGGGACCUUAUAGCAAGGGCGAGAAGACUGCGCCAGAGCAUCGGCGGCGGCGUCCGCAAGGCUGGGGCCAUUGUGGCUGCGGCUUGGCAGGCCAUGAUAGAGAAUUUUGGUCCCGGCGAUGUCGACACGCGGGGCAUCAUCCAGAGCACACAUAUCUUGGCGAGAGCGGUGGCCAACAUGUGGACCUCCAGAGGUGGUCUGCUUCUCCGCCCGGUCAUGACGAACCUUGUCUGGCUCGACUUGAGGAGGGCUGGUCUCGACAAGUCCAGACUGGACACGGCUGCUCAGCACCGUGACAUACGGAUCAGGGCACCACGCAUCGUCCUGCAUCACCAGAUAUCAACCGAUGCUAUGCGACGACUGGAGGCGGUGUUCGAGGAGGUCUUGGAGAAAAAGGCAAGCCAAAGUCCGUUACGGUCAAGAGCGGAGCGAGCAGGUCUAGAACGCCUUUAG